ACCGGCGGCGGCGGAGCGGGGCCGGGCCGGGCCGUGGCGGGGCCGUGGCGGGGCCAUGUCGGCGCGGACGCUGCCGCUGCUGUUCCUGAACCUGGGCGGGGAGAUGCUCUACAUCCUGGACCAGCGGCUGCGCGCCCAGAGCAUCCCCGGGGAGAAGGCGCGCAAAGAUGAAUGGACAGAUGUGGACAGGAAACGAGUUAUGAACGACAUCAUCAGCACCAUGUUCAACAAAAAAUUCCUGGAGGAGCUGUUCAAACCGCAGGAUCUGUAUUCCAAGAAAGCCCUGCGCACCGUGUACGACCGGCUGGCUCACGCCUCCAUCAUGAGACUCAACCAGGCCAGCAUGGACAAGCUCUACGACCUCAUGACUAUGGCCUUCAAGUACCAAGUGCUGCUGUGCCCUCGGCCCAGGGACAUUCUGCUGGUCACCUUCAACCACCUGGAUGCCAUCAAGGAUUUCAUCUCCGACUCCCCUGGCAUUCUGAACCAGGUGGAUGAGACCUUCCGGCGGCUGAUUGAAACCUACAACUGUCUCUCUGAUGGUGAAUUCCAGCUCAUCAGGCAAACACUUCUCAUUUUCUUCCAGGACAUGCACAUCAGGGUCUCCAUCUUCCUGAAGGACAAAGUGCAAAACUCCAACGGGCGCUUCGUGCUGCCAAUCUCAGGGCCCGUCCCGUGGGGCACAGAGGUGCCAGGGCUCAUCAGGCUAUUCAAUCACAAAGGAGUGGAAGUUAAAAGGGCUGAGUUCACCACUGCUGGGAAUUACGUUACUCCGCAGAGGGAAGGAUCUUUUGAGCUUUAUGGAGACAGAGUCCUCAAACUUGGAACAAAUAUGUACAGCGUGACCCGGCCAGUGGAGACACACAUGUCUGGAUCAUCCAAAAACCUGUCAUCCCAGGCAAAGGAGAACAUAGCCCCCAACCCUCUUGCUAAAGAAGAGCUGAACUUUUUGGCCCGGCUGCUGGGAGGUUUGGACAUCCAGAAACCUGCUGGUGGCGAGUCGGGAUUUCGGCUGAACUUGUUCACAACUGACGAGGAGGAAGAACACGCUGCACAGACCAGACCAGAGGAGUUGUCCUACAAGGUUAUCAACAUUGAAGCCACGCAGGAACCGGGGCGGGGGCACGGCGGGGCUGAGCGCGGUGUCUGUCCCGCAGGAACCGGGGCGGCGGGCGGAGCUGUCCCGCAUCCUGGGCGAGCUGGACGUAGCGGAGCCGCGCCCGGACAGCGCCGAGAAGGGCGAGGAUCUGCUGGCACUGAUGGACGGGCUCUGAGCGGGACACGGGGACACCGGGACACGGGAACACCGGGACAAGCGGACACCGGGACAUGUGGACAGCGCGACAUGAGGACACCGGGACACGCGGACAUUGGGACACACGGACAUUGGGACACACGGACAGUGGGACAGGCAGACACCGGGACACACGGACAGCGCGACAUGAGGAUACGGGGACACCGGGACAUGCGGACAACGGGACAUGGGGACAACGGGGCAUAGGGACAGCGGGACAUGCAGACACUGAGACAUGGGGACACCGGGACUUGGGGACAGCGGGACACUGGGACAGGCGGACACCGGGACAUAGGGACAUUGGGACAGGGGGACACCGGAACAUGGGGAGACCGGGACGCGCGGACAGCGGAACACGGGAUAUUGGGACAUGGGGACACCGGGGACGCGGUGACACCGGGCGGAGUCGCUCCGCCGCUUCCGGGAGGGACGAGGGGCGGGGCCGCG